GUUGAUCGAUUUACUUUGAUAUAAAAGACAGAAUUUUCACAUAGAAAUAGCAGUGCACAAAUAGGACUUCAAACCAAACUUCCCAACAUGAAGACCCUCCUCGUUCUAGCAGUUGUCAUUCUUGCAGUAAGUUCCGAGCGUUGCAGUGAUACUGGUGAUUGUAGUGCGACUAGCUGUUCAUCAGGAUCCACACUCCACUGCAUCGGGCACCAGUGUACAUGCACUACAGCAGCUGGUGGUAGUGGAGGCUGUACUGCAGUCGCUGACUGUCAUGACCGCUGUGAUCAUGGACGCCAGCAUCACUGUAUCGACGGACAUUGCAGAUGUACCCACUUUUAAAACUUUUUGAAUCUUUAAUUCAAAAUAAAUCAUCACAUUUUCUAA